GUCCUUGACACCAUCACGCUGACGCAGCGCGAACAGGAGCUCUUCGACACGCUGCUCGCGGCUGUGCGCCACGCCGGUGCCGAUACCUCUCUCCGCUGCGCCGGCGGUUGGGUGCGUGACAAACUGCUGGGACGUGACAGCGAUGACAUCGACAUCGCCCUGGACAACAUGCUCGGAAAGGACUUCGCGGAUCUGGUGAAUGAGUAUCUCAAAUCACAGGGCCGGGAGGCCAGACACGCCGCAGUGAUCCAGUCCAAUCCCGAUCAGUCCAAGCACCUGGAGACGGCGCGCAUGAAGAUCGGGGAGAUGUGGAUCGACCUUGUCAACCUGCGCUCCGAAACCUAUGCCGCAGAUUCGCGCAUCCCCAGCAUGACUUUUGGCACGCCCGAGCAGGACGCAAUGCGACGUGACUUUACGAUCAACGCGCUGUUCUACAACAUCACCCAACGCGGCGUGGUAGAGGACCUCACAGGGCGCGGACUGCAGGACCUGCGCGACGGCCUAAUUCGCACGCCGCUGCCGCCACGGGAGACCUUUCUCGAUGAUCCGCUGCGGGUCCUGCGGGCAGUGCGCUUCGGCACCCGGUUCGGCUUCCGACUUCAUCCGGACAUCCUGGAAGCAGCGGCCUCGGAGCAGGUGUGUUCGGGGCUAAUGUGGUGGUAG